AUGAAAGAACAAAAAGCAAGCACGGAGUGUGAAAUACUGAACACAGCCUUCCACAAACCAAGUGACACUACGUUGAUUGCAGCUCCUGGAUGGAACUACUACAACUUUUUGCCUCCAAGACCGCCUAAGAAUGCAAGUGGUUACUGUCCCAGUGGAGGCAUUUAUGUUCAGUACGAGCAGCCUGUUUACAAACGGUACGACUUCUCGAUUGAUGGUUUUGCCUGUUCGCCUCAUCCGUGGGUCAAAGACAGACACAACGAAGGAAAAACUUGCAAGAUGGUUAUUAUGUACGAUACAGACUUUCGGGGACAGGAUUCUGCAUACGACCGUAAAAUUGGAACUUACUACAAUGCUUUGCGGCAGUGUAUGACUUACAAUUGCAUCGGGAUGAAAUGA